CAUAACUUUUACUGCGCAUAUAAACACGGUACAAACUUUGCCCCAGCUGCGGCGUCUUAUCGGUGAGUUAUAGUCAGCAAUGGCUUAUCUAUUAAACUCCAGGCAACGCACUAAGCAAACACUGCGUCAAAAGAGCAUUGUAAGUGGAAGAUGUGCCUAUCCCACUUGACGUGACUGUCUUUAUAUCCGCCAUGGGGCUGCGAGGAUCUAAACAACCAGAAGCCCAAGUUCUCCUCCUGGGCCUGGACAACGCUGGGAAAUCCACUCUCCUCUACAAACUCAAACACAACGCGUGUGUGAGCACGGUGCCAACCAUCGGAUUCAACGUGGAAAUGUUCGAGGCGAGGAAGAACAGGAAGAACCUCGCCGUAACCAUGUGGGACGUCGGUGGUCAGGGGAAGAUGCGCGAACACUGGACGAGUUUCCACCACGACGCGGCGGCGGUGGUGUUCGUGGUGGACAGCUCGAGCAGGGAGCGUCUGGAGGAGGCGCGCAGGGAGCUGGAGAAAACGCUGAGGAGCGAGCAGCUGCGGGGCCGACCGCUGAUUCUCCUCGCCAACAAACAGGACGUGAACGGAGCUCUGACCGUCACUGAACUCAAAGACACAUUGAACCUGAAGAAGAUCUGCUCAGGCCGGGACUGGUUCGUGCAGCCUUGUUCCGCGUCGACGGGAGUUGGAGUUGAAGAGGCUUUCAGUCGGGUGGUCCAAAUGGUCAAAUAAAACAGCUGGAUUUAUUUAUGUGAGAUGUAUAGUUUCCAAAUCAUUGACAAUAUGGCGAAAUCAUUUUCAAAUGAGUUUGUAAAUCUGAAUUCCUUUAUAGCAACAACAAAUAAUUUGUAAUUAAAGAGGUCACACCUUUUA